ACGGAUCAAUCACGUAAAGGCGAGACCGCAAGGACACCGAGCUACUUCGAAUACGAAUACGAGCUCAGCCUGUUCCGAGAUGGACGACGAGAGCGAGGCGAGAGCAAUGCCGCGGCGGCCCACGCCGCCGUCGCCACCCCCGUGGGAGGCGCUCCACCUCGUCGCGCCGUUCCUCGACGCCGCAUCCCUCGCGGCGGCGUCCUGCGUGUCCACCUCGUGGCACACCGCCUUCGCCGCGGACGACCUCUGGGCGCGGCUCUGCGCGCAGCACUUCCCCUCCGCGCUGGGCCUCCUCCCCGACACCGACAGCGACCGGCGGUGCUCCUCCCCACCCCACCGACGCCUGUUCAAGCUGUUCCGCUCCGCGUCCGUCCGCUGCCGCGCGCUCCCGGCCCCGCGCCUCGCCCUCGCGGACGUCUCGUUCGCCGUCGACGUCGUCACGGCCGGCGGCGACAGCACGCUGUCCUUCCUGGUAGCCGCGGACAAGGCCGCCCACGUCGAGAAUUCCGCGGGGCUGUUCCUGUUCGGGGUCGACCUGAGCGGUCGGAACGGGGCGAUCGGGCCAGGGGAGUGGCGCGUCAGGUGGACGGCGGUGCGGACGGCGGCGCGCCGCGGCGAGGAACCCGCGGCGGUCCUGAUGAUGGACGCCAAGGUGCCGGCGGCAAGGGCGGCAGGAGCCGUCGCCUUCGGCGGCAGAGGUGAGGCGGGGGUCUCGGCGAGGCUGCCCGCGCCCGGCUGCGGCGGCGCCAAGCUGGACGCGGAGGUGGUGGUAGAGCUGGCUGGGGAGGAGAAGGCCGUCGGGAAGGUGAGGCUCGGAGUGAUGUGCGAGUGUCGGUACGUGUGCGCCGACGAGGGGCUCCGGUACCUGCAGCAUUUCCUCGUGUGAUGUAAAACGCACGUGAUUCUUCGAUGAUCUCGUGCACGCGGUCGAAUGAGAACUCCGCUUGAGGGAAGCAGAGUAGUGUAGCUGUGGAGGUAGUGCAAUGAACUGAACCCCGAAGUCUCAUUUGUUGUUUUCGCCGUUUAAUAAUGGUUUCAUCUUGUAGUUGUUCAUAUACUUUUUCGGACAUCUUUGUGUGUGUGUGAUGAUUCUCAGAUUAAAGCAUCUUCAAGAGUUC